AUUCAUAAAAUGUCCAUCAGAUCGCAUACAAACUGCAAAACAUUUCAUUUCAUCAUUGUAUCAGCAUUCGUAGUGUUGAUCAGAAAUACCGUGAGUGAAAGUGAUAUCUUAUUUAGGAAUGGUUGGUACAAAGAUGAUGAUGACGGACCAAAAUAUACUAUUUCUAAUGUGCCAUACAUCGACAGUAAAGUAGUGCCAGAUUCAAAAUACUUGCAAAUAAAAUCAAGAAUAACAACUCUUUACAAUGGAAGUGUAAAUAAUUUGUUGAACGUGAGGACAUUCAAGCUAGUAUCUUGUGAAAUAUUGAGCAUCAAAUCUGGUGCCUUCCUCAAUCUACCGAAUCUAACAACUCUUGCUCUCAAUGAUAACGAGAUCGAGCAUAUCAACAAUGGAGUUUUCAACCACCUCACUAUAAUGCGGUUAUUCUUGCACAGAAAUAACAUCCAGUCAAUAGACACUGAAGCUUUCGACAAUAUGCCUUACCUAUACAUGUUGAAGUUGAACAGCAACAAACUAACAAUGUUGGAUCCUAAUUGGUUCAAGAAAUCACCCCAACUAACUGAUCUGUACUUGAGGAGAAAUGAAAUAACAAAUAUACCUAGUGGUGCCUUUAAGAAUAUAAAGGGAAGUCACAAUAUCAACGGUACAGAAACUGUGGAUACAAAAAUUUUUCUGAGUAAAAAUUCCAUUAAUUUUAUACACCCUAAUGCUUUUCAAGGAUUGGAACGUUUGAAUCAGUUGUGGUUAGACCGAAAUGAGCUGAAGCAUAUUGAGGAGAUGGUGUUCGCGGGACUGGAUUAUGUUGGGGUUAUAUUCCUGUCUAAGAACAAACUCACAGGUUUACCAAAAAAUAUCCUGUCAAGUUUGAAAAUGGAUUUGAUGACCUUGGAUCUUGCUGGAAAUAAAAAUGUGAGCUGUUUGGAUUACGAGAUUAUAUCGCGAGUGAAGAUAACAAAUUUGGAAAAAAUACAUAAACUUGAUUGUCAUUGUAUAGAUUUCCUCAUUAGGAAGUUAAUCGAAGGUGGAGAGGACAACGAAAUUAAGACUGAUUGUGAAAAAGAUAGGACACGUUGAAAUGUACGGUUUCUUGUAAUUAUUCAUUCAAGAUGAAAUUUUCCUUUUCUCAAUGAAAUUGUAUAUCAGGAGGAGUUUGGUUCCAUUUCCAGUCAGAACAAGGAAUAUAUUUGUUUUUUAUAUUCAAUCCACGAAUUAGACUCAUCGAUUAUUUCAUUUGUUGCCAACUUGUUGAAAAGAGUUCCAUUUAAUGAUAAUAAAACUCUCUAAAUCCUGGCCAGAGAUGGGUCUAUACGAUUCAGCGCUGCUUUUCAAUUGACAGUGCUACUCAUAAGAAAGUGUACGGAGUUAAACGUCCACCAGGAAACAUUCAUGGACUGGAGGACCUCUCGUAAGGUUGAUGACCAGUUGUUGUUCACAUAAACCAACAAACUAGAUCCGAACAGAGUGAAUCUAUUCCAAGCAGAUGGAGUUGAGUUUGAGGGAGUUCGAUUUGAAUGAACCCGAUGGAGAAUAGUUUUUCCACAGCUUUUUUAAUACUUCGAAAUUCACUAUAGGUACUGCAAAUGGAACGAAAGUUUAUUGUUCAACAAGCACGAAAUGUUGUUACUAAUUGAUUAUCAUUUCAUAUGUGUCAUACCCCAUACUUUGUCUACGGCUGUAACAGAUGACAGCAAAUUUUUUAUUUCUUCGGCUUCUCUUAAGUGAUGCCCAUAUUGCCCAUUCAGUAGAUAAAACUAUCAUUGCUAUUGAGUUAUUCACAACUAGUAAAGUAGACCCCUGAAAGAACAGAAUUACUGCAUGGUUAUCGUAUAUAUAGCGCCGCUUGAAAGAAAAAAAGUAUUUUUUUCUACAUUCAUGCAAAAAGCAGAACUUCAUUGAACUAUAUUUAGUGGACAAAGAAGUUCUUUAUUGCACUUAGUGCCAUAAAGUUUUCAUUGCACUCAUCUGUCAUUCUACUUCAACGUGCUGUCAUCAUGACAAACAUUUUUUAUAUUGCAACUGUGGUUAUAGAACCGUCAGUCAAAAAUUAAGUUGCGUUUUUCAUUCUCCUACACCUAGUGUCGCACCUCAAUAAAUCAUUUUCUGCUUUUUGCAUGAACGUAGAAAAAAUGUUGUAUGCAACUAGUGCAGAAAUUGUUUAUUGCACUCGACGUGUUGUCGACAAUUUCACGUCGAGUGCUAUAAACAUUCACUUUUUGCACUCGUUGCAUAAAUAACUAUCAAUUCGCGUCCCAAUACGACAAUUUUAUCAAAGAAUAAAUGGAUUCCUAUAAUAUAUAUAGACGAUCUUACAACUGAUAUUAUACGACGAAAAAAUAGUGUAGGUAUCCAAAUUUUAUAACAGUUAGUAUUAUUCAGAUUAUAACACGGUUGCAUAGCUAUUGUAUUACUCAUAAUAGUGACGUCAAAAGUUGGUUGUAAAGGAAGCUUCAUGAAUAGUUGCAUUCGAGUUCCUCAAGGAGAAUAAUAAAAAAUGCUUCACGCAGAAGUGAAAUAUCACACAAUGAAUAUAAAAGUAUUUUUCUACAUUCAUGCAAAAAGCAGAACUUCAUUGAACUAUAUCCAGUUGAAAAAGAAUUUCUUUAUUGCACUUGGUGCAAUAAAGUUUUUAUUGCACUCAUCUGUCAUUCUACUUCAACGUGCUGUCAUCAUGACGAACAUUUUUUAUAUUGCAACUGUGGUUAUAGAAACGACAUAUAUAUUCAUAUUGAAAAUUGCACCAAUUGUUCAUUCACUUUCAACAUUGAGGGUAAAAAUAGAGUUUGAGUUAAAUUGUUCGUAACGUAUCAGUUCCUGUUUCCAUGCAAAUCGAUAUUAAUAAUGAAGUAUUCAAGUUGCAUUUUUCAUUUUCCUACACCUAGUGCCGCACCCCAAUAAAUCAUUUUUUGUUUUUUGCAUGAACGUAGAAAAUAUGUUGUAUGCAACUCGUGCAAAAAUUGUUUAUUGCACUCGACGUGUUGUCCAACUCGGCCUAACGGCCACGUCAUACAAUUUCACGUCGAGUGCAAUAAACAUUCACUUUUUGCACUUGUUGCAUAAAUAACUAUUACCCCUUUCAUUUUUUGAAGAGGGUAAUAAUCACCCUGUAGAUUAUUUUCAAAUCAGUGGAUGGGAUAUCUAUUUCAAAUCUAAAUGAUCAUUGAUUCAAAUGAUUCAAGAUAAUCGAACAGAAAAUGAAGGAUAACUCACAAUUAUUUCUCAAAACCUAUACUGACAAAGGCGGAUAAUAAUUCUAGUACGGGAGAUAAGUGACCAAAUUAACUGAAUAAAACAAAUUUAUAGCGAUGGCUAUACAUGACAUUUUCACAUAUACCUCAUCCACUAAUUCGAAAAAGAUCUAAAGGGUUAUUAUUAUACUUCACAAAAGAAAUUUAUUACUAAAUCCAGGUUUGAAAAUGAAAUAAUAUGUUGAUUUGCAUCGAGCGGAAGCAUUGAGAAUUCAAGUCGAAUGAAUAAAUUGUUUGCC